AUGACUACGGAGGCUAAGGAGCUACAUGGCGACCGUGACAGCGAGGAAUGUGAGUACGAUCCAAGUUACCUGCUCCAACAACCACAGGAGGAAAGACUGAAGGACGAAAUCGUGGACGCGGAACACAUCGUCAAGGACACCGAUGUCGGUCCAUGUCGGACCAUCAGAAGCAGUGAUAGAUUAGAUAGCUUAGAAAACGCCACUGGAACAAUAAUACGCAAGAUAGAUUUUCUAACGAACAAAACAACACCGAAUUUCAACCCCGAAAUCAAUCAUCGUUUGGACAGAUUAGAACACAUAACUUCAACCAUCGCCGCAAAGUUAGAUAUUUUACUAGAUAAAUCCAUAACUCCCGUAAACCUACGCCGCAAAACCAUUAACAUAGGUUUUGAAAUUAUCAGCAGUGAAGAAGAAAUCAAAACUUUUGAAGCAAAUCUGAAUGAAAUAAGUUAUUUUAAUGAAAUUUCUUCAUGGUUGGAAGACAAUAUUUUUGAAAUUACUCCAGACAAUAGAAUGAUCGAAAUUUUGGACUUACUAUUCACAAAACAAUUUUUAACUGAGUUCAGUUGGACCGGAAUUAGCAAAGGAAAACAAAAAAUAGCAAUGAUGACUUUUAAAAACAUUUUGGAAUUAUUUAGAUUUCACGGCAGCACGAACGAUACCACAAUUACACAGAAAGAUGUAGCUCGUUUUCUUAUGAAGAAAUUAAAAAAUGCGGCAAAACGGGCUUUAAUUAAAGGAUUGCGUAAAAGCACACAACACAAGCAUUGA